AUCCGCCGCGCCCGGAUUCUUACAAAAAGGGAACGAGUUCCACUCCGGUCCUGACUUUCUGCGAUUCUACGACGCCCGACGAUGAAGUUCCUGACGCUCCUCGCGCUCCUUGCUUUCUCCGCCACAGCGGCGGCGUUCUACCAGCGCUCCUGCAAACGCUGCAACGACCCAAACGACCUGGACUGCGAGCUGGAGGACCAGGUGGUUUGCCCCUGGGGCAAGAUGUGCCUGACGGCCUCCGCCAUUUUGGAGAUUGACGGAACCCAGAAGACCCGGAUCUUUAAGGACUGCGUGGGGGCGGACCUGUGCCCGUCCACGGGGCAACGCCAGAUCUCCGGCGGCGUGGGCGACGCCUACGCGCUGGCCAACGUCUACUGUUGCCAGGGCAAUGGCUGCAACGACGAGGAGCUGCCCUUCCCUGAGUUUUCGAGCCACGAGCCGAACCGCCGCAUCUGCUCCAGCUGCGAGGGCGAGGACUGCCUGGAGGUGGAAUGCCGCGGCGACGAGGACACCUGCUUCACGGGCCAGCUGCUCGUGCACGGCGAGUACGUGCCCCUGGUGGGCUGCGGCACGGAGGACGUUUGCUCGGCGGCCGCGGCGCUGGAGAGCGUCCCCUUCCUGGAGAAGCUGGGCACCGUGGCCGAGGAGCCCGAGUGCAGCGAGGCGCCCGAGCCGCAAGCACGUCGCUGCCUGAUGUGCAACGACACCACCGACUCCACCUGCGCCUCCACCACGGAGAUCGAGUGCCCCAUGACGGACGACCAGUGCGUCACCGCCACCUUCCUGGGCGGGCGUGUCUACCGCGGCUGCGGCCCGCCGUCCGUCUGCCCGGCCGACCGCCCCGUCGACACCGUGGUGGAGCUGGCCAUCGAGUCCGGCGGCACGGCCGGCGGAGCCAACCUUAAGUGUUGCCGCGGCGACAACUGCAACAACGACACGCUGGCCGCGCCGGCGGCGGGGACCAACAACGGGAUGUUUUGCAGCAUCUGCUUCCCCGGGACGUCCAUCUGCAACUUCCUGAUCCAGUGCCAGGGCAUCGAGGACCGCUGCUUCUCCGCCAUCGGCAACGUGUCGGGCAGCGUGAACACCCUCCUGGGCUGCGCCUCGGCGUCGGUCUGCGAGGCCCCCGGCUCCGCCGCCGCGCCCUUCCUGCUGUCCGACACCGAGCUGAUGGAGCCGCUCUCCUGCUGCGAGGGUCUUACCUGCAACGACCCCGACCGCCCCACCGAGGCCCCGCCCACCACCACCAUGUCCCCGCCCACUUCCUCCACCUCCUCCUCCUCGGAGGAGGACGACGACAGCGACUUCGGCGACGGCUUCUUCCCGACCUCCGACCCCUUGGAGGACCCCUUCCUCGGGGGCGGGGCCAAGGACGCGGUGGCCCAGCAGAUGCUCUUCCUGGUGCAGCAGCUGCUGCUCUACCUGCAGCAGCUGCAGCUCUUCCUGCUGCAGUGUCCCAGCGACCAGCAGCUGCUGCUGCAGCCGCUGCUGCUGCUCUGCCAGCAGCUGCUGGUCUACGUGCAGCUCAUGCUCCAGCAGGCGGCGCUGUGGUGAGGGAGAGCCACACAGGAAGUGGCGUCAAAUGUCAACGAAUAGCACUUCAAAUAUGGGUUUUCGUGUUUUUAUAUCGGAUGUAUAAAUGUCUGGAUGCGUCGUGACGUGCCGGGCGGAUGUUUGUGAGAUCUGCUGUGAAGCCCGUGCGCCUGCUAUUGGCUAAUGCUAGCAGUUUUAGCUCGUUUUCAAACGUAUUUAGCAGUUUUUAGCUAAUGCUAGCUACAUUUAUACCAAUGUUAGCAUAUUUUUUUACGAAUGCUAGCUACAUUUAUACCAAUGUUGACUAAAUUUUUACCAAUUUCAGCGAAGUUUAGGUAAGUGUUAGCCAUUUUUAGCUAACAUUAGCUAAAUUUUUUAAAUUUCAGCUAAUUUUGAAGCAUAAUUAGCUAUUUUUGCUAAUGUUAGCUAACCGUUUUACAGUUUAAGCCCAUUUUUAACCAUAAUUAGCAAUUUUUAGCUAAUGCUAGCAAGGUUUUUGCAAUUUCAGCUGAAUUUGAACCAUAAUUAGCCAUUUUUUUUAGGUAUUUUACCAAAGUUUGAACUUUUUUUAGCUAGCAUUAGCAAAUUUUGUAACUAAUUUUAGCUAACAUUGGAACAUAAUCAGCCAUUUGUAACACAUUUUUGCUAACUUUUUGACAUUUUUAGCUAAAUUUAGACCAUGAGUAGCUGUUGUUAGCUAACAUUAGCCAAAAUUAGCUUCACUGCAGCCCAAUUAUGUUCAAUUUAGCAACAUGUUAGCGGUUGCUAGCUAUAGCAACUACGCUAACCUACACAGCAUGCCGCGCGCGUCACAAUGCUAAGCUAGCCUCAUGCGCUCUGUUAUUUAUUAUUCGCUCGGGGAGUUAGCGCUGUUAGCAUGUUAGCCUCGCUCUGAUUUCAACUCAAUAAAGCUCGUCUGCA